AUGGCCACCGAGAAGACAAAAUACAUUGAUAGAUCUAUCCCAACAAUCUCACUGGCAGAUUUUGACAAUCACGUCGAUCAGAUCACUGCAGAUUUGGUCGAAGCAGCCGAGAACGUGGGCUUCUUCUGCGUAGUUGACCACGGCAUCUCUCCGCAAGAAGUCGACGACAUAUUCGCUCAGUCUGCCCGCUUCUUCUCCCUUCCAGACGACACCAAGGCCAAAGUGCCCUUCUCGUCCGCAAACAAUGCCGGCUGGGAGAAGAAUUCCCAAGUUCGACCAUCCACGGGCGCCGCGGACAAAAAGGAGUCCUAUCAAAUGCAGUUCGGCAAGAACAUGGAAGGCAAAUGGCUCAACGACGCCGACAUACCAGGCUUCAAGGAGUCGAGCUUAAAAUUCAUGUGGCACGUUCAGGAAGUCUCGGAAAAGCUGAUGCUCUGUCUCGCACGAGGACUGGGCUUCCCGGACGACUAUUUCAUCAAAGCACAUGAUGUCAAGAGACCCGAGAGCCAGACCGUCGCACGACUGCUGCAUUACUUCGAAACGCCCAAGCAGACGAACGGCGAGGUCUGGCAUCGUGCCGGUGCUCAUACAGAUUGGGACCUGCUCACACUCUUGUUCCAAAAGGCAGGACAAUCCGGGCUGGAGAUCUGCCCAGGUCGUGAAGUGUCCACGUCCUUCGGUCAUGGUGACACAUGGACCAAAGUGACCCCCGACCCAUCUUCCAACGCCAUCAUCUGCAACAUCGGCGACCUGUUGAUGUCGUGGUCCGAUGACCGUUUCAAAUCGACGUUCCACCGUGUCAAAGCUCCCUGCGAACCGGACGACUACUAUGGCGAACGAUACAGCAUUGCCUUUUUCAACCAGCCCUGUCGCGACACCCUCAUCCAAGGUCCGCUGAAAAAGUACCCACUUGUCACGGGCGAGGAAUUCACGCGCAAUGCCAUGAUGCGGAACUUCAAGGCUCUCGAAGCCAAGAGGCUCGCCCAGGCCGAGGGGAUGAACAAUGUCGGGAUCGAAGGUGGAAAGAUGGUAGCUGAGGUCGGAGCAUAA